UUGUUGCUGCGCAGAGAAACACAUCUACUUCGACAUGUUGCUGAGCAACGACAGAAUUAUAACUGGAAAAAAACAAGUUAACGUUAGUAUUGACGGUCUUGAUAACGGUCUUGGUAAGCAGCGCCGCUAAUUUACGAUUUUAGAAGCUGGUGCAGCAUGUGUGGCAGGGCUGUAUCAGACCAAAAAAAGUUGUUGAAUGUUUUCAACAAGGACAAAAAACUGGUUAAGGGAUUCACUACGGACUGCAAAAGUUUAAACCAUUCUAAUAAGACAGAUAGGCAGCACAGAAUGAAACGACUGAGGAGCCGCAAGGAGAGGAGUCAGAGGAGCGAUAACCGGAAAGAAGCCUCAAAGUCCAAAGCACAUCGGCAUCAUCUCUGCCAAAGGGCUCAAGACAUGGCCUAUUUUCAGAGCCGCUGUCAUUGUGCUUCACAGAGAAAUGCUCCAUUUGCAAACGUCAUUCCUACUGCACAAGAGCCAAGCAUAAUCACGGACCGUCGCCUGAUAGGACACCACGGCCUGUUCAACCAUGAGGUGAAGUCCGUUGACAUAGAACGCUUGCUAAGUGUGCAGAGGCAAAGUGGACAGCAAGUAGAGCAAAAUUCUACUCCACAUCCAUCUUCAACAUCUCACGUUCCUUUGCUGUUCCUCGCUAACGAUUUAUUGGCUACUGAUGCUGAUGCGGUUCUGCCAUUUCAAAGGAAAUCUGCCCCUGAUGAUUGCCGUAAGAAAGAGGAGAAAUUCAGUCCCCAAUCCGAUAUUACUCCGGGACAAAGGCCGCAGCAACAGUUUGAUCCUUCAUGUGAAAGUUUUAAAAGCGUCUCCUCUAAACAAAGCUCCCAUGAUGCAGCCAUAAUUCAGAGCAAGAAGACAAAACUUCUGCCUGCAAAGGGCCGAGAGUCACCGCUGACUCUCACUGCUGUCAAAGAUAGAAAUGUGAAGACGUUAAGCAGGAAGGCGAAUAGACACACAGUUUCUACUGUGGAGCACACCCCAAAUAACCCAGAGUCUCCAAUCCACCAGACACUAGCUCAUGGUCCCAGCAUGAGCCCAACUCCGCUCUCCAGCUCAGGCUCUGUAGAUAGCUUCGACAUACAGCCCGGACGACAAGAUGCUCGCUGGGCAUCGAAGGCUGUUGCUGCGGUGGCAGCAAGUUUAUGUGACUUUCUGCAGUUCCCACUUCUAAGAAGAAGAAGAAACCUGGUGGCAGAGAGCAGGGAAGUGCUGUUGAAAGCUCUACAGGAGAGUCAUGGACCCCGGCUUCAGGAGAACCUCCUUGUGGUGCAGCGAGGCCUCAGCUUUGGUCCUGGUCCAACAGAGAAAGUCUGGGAUGAGGAGCUAACUAUGACAGACAAGCUCCUGCCUCCAGGUGCUACAGCAUUUCCAUCUGAUACAGCAAGUCAGCCGUGUUUCAAAACCCAGAAAACCACAUCUUUCCAGAUGACGGGAAGUAUACCUUUUAGCUGGAAGUCCAGGCCACAGCGACACCAAAACCUGGAGCAGACUGCUGAUUGGUUGACAAGCCCCAUGGAAACUUCUCUCAGCGUUCUGGAUGGUCUCCUCACACCUACUUACGCUCAUCUGACCUGCAUGGACUUUGAGCCCUCCCAAAGGGGAACCAGUGAUAAGUUGUUCUCCUCCACCUCAUGCUGGGAAGAAACGGCCUCAGUAUCUCAGCACUGGGGAGACGGUUUCAACAAGCCAAAGAAGAACAUGGGUGUUAUGUUUGAUUUCUUUGAAACCCAAGCAGUUCCAGAGAGAAGCAGUGGGUCUCAAUACAGUAGCAGCGACAUGCAGCCUUUGUUUCCUUACCAGAUGAAGCUGCCAGGUGGACGUUCAGCCGAGCGCUUUCCCCCGGACAAAGACCCCUUGGAAACCGACAGAUAUUAUUAUGAUACCUCCCAUUGCGCUCAAGUUCCCCAUCCUCUACAGAGCUUCCAACCUUUGAGCCAGUUCGGUAGUCAUUCAACUUGCCCUCCAUCCAGGUCCCACCUGCCCGACAUGACUCACUACCCACCAUCUCACACCCUUGAAAGAGACACGGCAGCUCCCCAUUAUUUUUUCCCGAGCCCUGACCACUGGUCCCUCCCUCCUAUGCGACUGUACUAAUGAAUGUUUCUUAAAAAACAAUUAUUCCAGUUC